CGACCGAUAACCAACAAUUUCAUUAACUACUUCCACGCAAACAUGGUAUCAGCUUCACUUCCUUUGCGAGCCCUUUGGGUGACCUUUUGCGCACUUUCAGUAUUUGCUGCAACUACUGCCGCAAUUUGCACAGAAGAGAAUAUUGAAGUGCGAAAGGAAUGGAGCACACUCACCACUGAAGAAAAAGCCGACUACAUCGACAGUAUCAAAUGCCUUCAGAGGAAGCCUGCAAUGACCCCGAAAGAGGCCGCCCCCGGUGUCAGGACACGUUACGACGACUUCACUGCAGCACAUGCCAACAACACCGUGCGCAUUCAUGCCAACGGUGUUUUCUUUAGCUGGCACCGACACUUCAUCUACCUCUAUGAGAAGGCCUUGAAGGAGGAGUGUGGUUUCAAAGGAGCUCUACCGUACUGGAACUGGGCAUGGUCGAGCGACAACCUUACCGCCAACCCGAUCUUUGACGGCAGCGAAACCAGUUUCGGUGGCGACGGAGCAUACAACGCUAGCGAGGCCCUCGCCAUGAGCAACGGCAAUUAUACCUUCCCGCGUGGCAACGGUGGAGGCUGCAUCGCAAGCGGUCCAUUCGCCAAUCUCACCGUGCCGUUCCGCAGCUUCACCAACGACGAACUCAGUCUCCCAGAAACUCCUACAAACGCCUUGGAUUAUGCCCCUCGCUGUGUAACUCGCGAUCUGAAUAGCGCCAUUUCCAGCGUCAACUUGAACCAGAGCGUUGUCGAUACUCUCCUUGCCCAGCCCACGAUUAAAGACUUCCAGGCCUAUGCUGAUAACCUCAUCCCUGACACGCCAUUUCUUGGUCCGCACCCUGGCGCUCACUGGGCUGUAGGAUGGGGUUUGGAAGACAAUUACGCCUCGCCUAGUGAUCCUGUCUUUUACCUCCACCAUGGCAUGGUCGACAAUGUGUGGGCCCAGUGGCAAUCCAAAGAUAUGGAGAAUAGGCAAUUCGCUGUCUAUGGUACGAACAGGACAUUGAACAUUCUCCCGGCUGCAAACGUUACCAUCGAUUUUGAGAUGCAGUUCAAUUACCUCGCGGCACCGAUAACGAUGAGAGACGUGAGCGGCACACAGCAGGGCGAGUAUUGCUAUCGCUAUGACUAUACUGAGGGUGCGCCAUCGCCAUUCUGA